GCAGAAAUUCAGUCCUCUGAGGGAAAAUUGUGGUACCUCUCACUAGCUGCAUCCCUGCUAACCACCGCUUCUGUGUUUUUUUUUUUCCUCCCUCUAUCCCUGCCCUCCCUUGCAAGGCAAACUUUUGGCAAAAAGAAAAAAAAAAAGCAUCACCAUUAUUUUGUGCUCCAUUGAGUUCCUCCUUUUGCAAAUGCCUUUCAAUCCAGGAAGCCAUUAAGAACCACUCGCACACACACACACUCGCACACAAUACAUAUACACACGCCAGGAGAAAAGGAGAAAAUCUGGGAUAGAGAACAAAUAUGCAAAGUGGGCACUUUGCACAGCAGACUGCUCGCCUUGUCUCCUAGGGCUGCUGAAACGCACCAGAAGGACGGCAGAACUGACCGCUCUGGAACAAAAGCACAGCGAACGGAGAAGGGGAAAGGAGAGGAAGAGGAGAAAAAAAAAAAACCAAGAGAGAAAGAGGAGGAACCGUAUCCUGACUGAACCUGGCACCGAGAAAUGCAACCGACAAGCAAGCUUAUGAGCCUGUUCUUCCUCAUCCUGAUGGGCAGCGAACUUACCCAAGUGUUGCCAACCAACCCAGAAGAAAGCUGGCAGGUUUACAGUUCCGCUCAGGACAGCGAGGGGCGAUGUAUAUGUACGGUGGUGGCUCCGCAGCAGACCAUGUGUUCCCGGGACGCUAGGACGAAGCAGCUCAGGCAACUAUUAGAGAAGGUGCAGAAUAUGUCCCAGUCAAUAGAGGUACUGGACAGGCGGACUCAGAGGGACCUCCAGUACGUCGAGAGGAUGGAAAACCAAAUGAAGGGCCUGGAAUCCAAAUUUAAACAAGUGGAAGAAACUCACAGGCAGCACCAGGCCAGGCAGUUUAAGGCAAUAAAAGCGAAAAUGGAGGAACUUAGGCCUCUGAUACCAGUGUUGGAAGAGUACAAAGCCGAUGCCAAAUUGGUAUUGCAGUUUAAGGAGGAGGUCCAGAAUCUGACGUCAGUUCUAAACGAGCUUCAGGAGGAGAUUGGUGCCUAUGACUACGAAGAGCUGCAGAGCAGAGUGUCCAAUCUCGAAGAAAGGCUUCGUGCGUGCAUGCAAAAAUUAGCCUGCGGCAAGCUAACCGGUAUCAGCGAGCCAGUCACAAUCAAGGCAUCCGGUUCCAGGUUUGGCUCGUGGAUGACCGACCCACUGGCACCAGAAGGCGAUAACCGGGUCUGGUACAUGGACGGCUACCACAAUAACCGCUUUGUCAGGGAGUACAGAUCUAUGGAGGACUUUAUGAAUAGCGACAACUUUACCUCUCACCGCCUCCCUCAUCCAUGGUCCGGCACUGGACAGGUUGUCUAUAAUGGAUCCAUAUAUUUCAACAAAUUCCAAAGCCACAUCAUCAUCAGAUUUGACUUGAAGUCAGAGGCGAUCCUGAAAACGCGCAGCUUGGACCCGGCCGGCCACAGCAACGUCUAUCACUAUGCCUGGGGUGGCCAGUCGGACAUAGACAUUAUGGUGGAUGAAAAUGGUCUUUGGGUGGUCUAUGCCACCAACCAGAAUGCCGGUAACAUAGUUAUAAGCAAACUAGAUCCGAACACUCUACAGAUACUGAAGACCUGGUAUACGGGUUAUCCUAAGAGAAGUGCCGGAGAGGCCUUCAUGAUCUGUGGGACCCUCUAUGUCACCAACGGCUACUCUGGUGGAACCAAAGUGCACUAUGCUUACCAGACCAAUACGUCUAACUAUGAAUACAUUGACAUCCCUUUCCAAAACAGGUAUUCACACAUCUCAAUGUUGGACUACAAUCCCAAGGACCGGGCCUUGUAUGCUUGGAACAACGGUCACCAGGUCCUUUAUAACGUCACCCUGUUCCACGUCAUCAGGUCUGACGAGUUGUAGCUCGGCCUGUCGCCUAAAACAACUGACCGGAAACCGCGGGGGUGGGCGCAACUGAAGAACAGAAUGGCUGCCAAAACACGUCAUCGUCCUUCUCAAAGAUCUGACCGGACCGAAUGAAAAUGGUUUCCGGCGCCCUCUCGGAAAGUGACGUACGCACCGGCAGACCUUUGAGAAUUUUUACAUCUAUUAACACGUCGUCAAAACAAAGUUAAGGAAAAUAAAUAAAAAUAAAAUAAAAAUCUGCUGCACUUAUGAUCCAAGAUUAUAAAAAAAGUUACUCCUGUCUUUUAAAUCGAACACAAACUUUAUGUACAAGGCAAUGACUGUUUGCUAUAACGAACAAUACCCGACAUUAAAACUGUAGGUCUUUCGAUGAACGGAAAGCUGUUGUUAUUAGGACAAAGUGAAAGACUGUCAUAAUUCCGGAGAGAACCGCGAUCGUUGGAGCGGAUUUCAGAGCAGAUUGUUACCUGGAAACCUAACGCCGUUUGGUAUUGUAAAGAGAGAAGAAUUACCGUUCCUUUUUUCUAGAUUUAAAAUGACGUAAAUCCAUCGAUAAGGGUCGGAGGUGGUAAAAGUGUUGUUAGUACAGCAGCUCUGUCCUAAUCAGAAUGAAGUCUGUAUUCUGGCUAUAAUGGUAGUUUGUCCAUAUUGUUUAAACUUAUGUAUCAGAAAUGAUCCAUGUAUAAUGUCUGUUGUAAUCCGAAGUAUUCAGCUGUAUUUGUUUGUUCACGCGAUGAAUGUUGUUCAACUUGACGUAGUUCAGAUUUAUUAAGAGCAAUUAAUUUUGUUUCUGUAAAAACUAAAAGAGGAAAAAAAAAUAUUUAUUACAGAUAAUAUAUACGUACGGCUGUAUGACUAUAGAGGAAACGUGUUUACCCGUCACGGUAAUUUAUAGGACACAAAGGGUGCGCUGCUGCUUGUGGCCGGUGGAAUAGAGAAUGUAUCCUGUGAUAACGAUAUUAUUAGCGAUGAUUCCGAUCUGAAAAACACUAGCUGUCUGUGGAAUACAUCUAGCUUCUUCCUACCCACUAUAAGUAAAUGUAUGAAAGAACUAGAAAGAUGUUUUGUUUUUAAAAAAAAAUAUUAUUUAAAACAGCCAUCAGGAGACACAUUAUAUCCACAAGAAAAAGGAAAUUAUUUGUACUAUCCACAGCUAUCUAAAGAAAAAUAAAAAGAGAUAUUAGAAAA